UGACACUUCUUGUCAAAAAUUCUAAGGUUAAGUAGUUCUAAUACAAAAAAUUAUUCAAAAUUUUCAUUUAUUUGGUAAUGAUAAUGCAGUUAAUUGAUGUAAUAGAGUUUUAAAAAUUCAACAGACUAUUUUCUAGUUAGAACUUGCUCAACUAAAACUGUUUUCGGUUUACACUCUUUAUCAAAAAAAUAGUGGCAUUUUUUCGAAAAUAGCAAACUCAAAAUUGCAUUAUAUUAAAAACUUGUUCACAAUCACAAGUGACUAUAAAAAGUCCUCUCAUGUACUUCUCUUAAGGCUUGAUUUUAUCUGCUAUGUUUCCACUAGAGGGCGCUCUAUUACUUUUUUUUAAUUUUUCUGUGUUAAUUACGUGCAAUUUUUAUUAAUUUUAGUUUCAAAGAGAAGAAAAAUGUUGAGAAGUUUCUUGUUAAGUUCUCGGAGUUUUCAUACAUCGACUUUCUGUAGUGCAAAGUUGGGAAGAGUUAUGAAAAAAGUGAUGGGUCAGUCUUCAAAAAAAAAGAAAAUCUUUACUGAAGUGGGAAUUCUCCCAACUGCAGAAUCGUUUAGUAAAGGCAGUCAGGAAGGAAAAUUUUCCGGAAAUGCACGUCGCGUUUCUGUGCUUAAUAAAUUGUUUAUGAGACACAUCACCGACCUAAUAGCGACAGGGGAAUAUUCCUCUGAGUUUGAAGGACAUGAAAUUGAAAUAAACAGAGUCCAGAUUGCUCCCGAUUAUAAAGGUUUGAACGUUUUCUGGGUUGCUAAAGGAACACAAGAUGACGAAAUUGUGGAGAAAUUGUUAAAGAAAAAUGCGGGUUUUUUAAGGCACGAGCUUUCUUCCUUACGACUCGUAGGGGCAGUGCCUAUGAUACAUUUCGUAAAAGACAAACACUAUGCACAAAUUGCUGAACUGGAUAGUAGACUAGCGAAAGCCGAUUUCGGUGAAGAUCAUGUUCCUACAGAAAUGGUAGUAAAACUUAAAUCACAGUUGGAAUUAUUCACAUCUUUGCCAUGCAAUGUUAAGGAUAAAGUGCAAGAUGUAGAACAACAAUUUUUAGGAGACGAAAUUACUGAAGAGGAGGAAUUGCCCCCAAUGCCCCAAGAUGUUCUAGGACUAGAUCGUUUACAAAUUUUAAAUAGGAUAAAAAAAAGUAUGAAGAAAUCUGAAGCAAGUCAUAGGUUGAAAAAUGAAGAAUCUGAUUUGGUGCACACUAUUAAUGAAAACCCAAUCGAGUAUACGAGCAAUAAAGAACGAAGAGAGGCUUUUAAGAAUUUCUUAGAAAAGCGGGAGUUGAUGAGGUCCAAAGAGAAAAAACUAGAUAAGAAUUAUCUUCCCGACAUUGAAUAUAUAAAAGAAGAGCUUGAAUCACAUUCAGCUGAAGAUGACUCAAAUCUAGAAAUGUAUGAAGAACAAGAUUACAUUUUUGAAGAUGAGGAUCAUAAAAAUUAAAUAAAACAUUUGUUUAUCAAA